GACAAAUCCACACCUUGAAUUACCCCCACCUUCUUCACCACAGUAUCCUCAGGUACCUUCUGAAUUACCAAGUUAUACAGCGUAUGGAUACCCUGUUCCACCUGCAUAUUAUGGUACAAUACCACCACCUUCAACAACAACAACACAGCCCAUGCCAAGCAAUCCUGUAACUCAAUCCAUAUCUACACUAAAAGCAGAUGCUGCACUUGUUCAAUGUCCUCAUUGUAGACAGCUUGUCUAUACUGUACUCGAUUAUGAUGCAGGUUUGUGUACUGGUCUAAGUGUGGUUGGUUUGUUUAUGGCAGGAUUUCAUGCUGGUGGUUGUCUGAUUCCAUUUUUAUUCCCUUGGACAAAGGAUGUCACACAUCAUUGUCCUUCUUGCAAACAAAAGAUUGCUACAUUUACAAGACUUGAAAGAGAUACAAGACUCAAUUAAAG